AUGGUACACAUGUUCAUGGACGUUGAUCUGGCUAUUGCAGAACUCAUGAUUUCAUUUUACAUCCCUCAUAGUCACACUCUUCAACACAAGUGCUUUAUUACCAUGAGCUUUUCCGGGUCAACCAGUCCGGAUGUAACGCAUGCUAUGGUACUCCUCAUUCGAGUAGCAUUGGACCUGACCUCAUGUACCAAUCGGUACUUGGAACCAGCCAGCUCUCAUAAUAGCACAAAGAUCAGAAAGAUGAGCUACAUUCACAUCCCUCAUGACAGACCUCUUGAACACAGGACUGCUUUCCAAAUCCUGAAAACACAUGCCAAACAGCAUCCAAGUAAGGAAGCCCUUGUUUUCCGAAAUGAGAAACUCAACAGAGUUUCCAUAACAUUCCAGGAAUACGACACCAGGUCCAGUUACCUCGCUGCUGGGUUACUUGAGAUAGGAGUUGGACGAGGAGAUAGAGUUCUUGUGCUCCUGCCACCAUGCGUGGAGUUUGUUCUGUUCCAUAUGGCCUUGAACAGGAUCGGUGCUGUCACUAUAGCUCCAGAGGAAGACUCUUAUCUGAUGGUUUGUGGUAUUCCAAAUCUCGCUUGCGUCAUCGCUCGAGUUGAUCCAACAAUCGUCAACAACGACAAAGUUAUCAGUGAAAUUAAAAAAGCCCUGCACCAGAACAUGCUCAAGACUGCAGUAAUUGUGGGCUCUGAUGCUGAUGCAGAUCUUCUCGAUCACCCUAAAGUGUACACUCACCAAACAUUGUACGCAAUGGCCAAAAGCAACCCACAAAGUACAGAAAAUGUCCGUAAUGCUGAAGCCACAGUACAAAUGGAUGAUCCUUGUUUGGUUCUAUUUUCGUCGGGAACCACAUCACUUCCAAAGCCAAUUGAAUUUACAUACCAUGCAUAUGUCAACGGAAUCCAUGCAUCUAUCAAUUCUUUGGAAUUGACUCGAGAUUCCAUAUUCUUUAAUGCCCUCCCUUUCAACUGGGUUCCGGGAAUCAUGUCCUGUGUACUAUCAUGCCUUUGUGGUCUUACUUUUGUUACCUUUCCUCCCAAAUGUGCCAUUUCUAGUCAACAUGUUAUGUCCAUAAUGAGGAUAAUCCAGGAAGAAGCUGUCACUGAUGCUCAUUUUGUACUACCAACGCUACAGGACAUCGCCUGUCAUAAAGAAGAAAUCAUCGCGAAAAAUAUGGAAAAGGUUCAGUACGUAAGCACUGGAGGUCAACCUACUCCCUUGUCUCUUAUAAAGACAAUGUUCUCUAUUUGGCCGAAUCUCAACUUUUUGAAUUUAUAUGGUUCGACUGAAGUACCAAUAAUAUCAGUACAGAAAUUCACCAAAGGUAGCUUGGAUUCCUUGGACUAUGGAAUUAUGAGAGUCAUUCCUGGUUUGGAAAUAAAGAUCGUAAAUGAAGAAGGUGAACUUAUGCCAACUGGGGGAAAAGGUGAAAUCUGUCUGCGAUCAGCUUGGGUUUCUUUCUGCAACUGGGACUACAUGAACCCUGACCUGGAAGGCCGAGUUGAUACAAUCAAGAAACCCAAUGGAUGGCAUUCGUCUAAAGAUGUUGGAGUUGUUGUCAACCAAAAUUGCAUCAGAUUACUUGGUCGACUUGAUUUCAUGAUCAAAGUAGCCACCGACUCCAUUCCACCAGCUCUUGUUGAAAGUACGUUGCAACAACACCCUGAUGUCAAGAAAGUGUGCGUCGUCGGAGUUCCUGACGAGCGAUUGUACCAGAAGAUAUGUGCAUGUAUUAUACUCAAACAGGAUCACCAUGACAACAGGAAUGACCUGAGCGAGCAAUUUGACGAAUGGGGCAAAGACAAAUUCUUGAAGUUUUCCAUCGGGUUCAUGAUUAAACCCCAUUACUAUGUCUUUCUUGAUAGUUUUCCCCUCACUCGUACGGGUAAAGUGAAUCGUAGAGGAGUGAGAGACAUUGCAAUAAAGGAACUAAGAUUGAUGCAAUAGGAGUAGGUGUCUAUUGCUGCACCGGACACCCCAGUAAGGCCACAAAUGUUAUAUAUCACUUAGAGUAAUCAUUGCAGUUAUGAUGUACAUGUAGUGUUUUUGCACAAAGUGUUCACAAUAUCCAUGACACUAUUAUUUAGGAAUUUAACUUAUUUCUAUUCCUUUUUUUGUUAAAUUAUUUCACUUCUGUGAUAAAGGAUUGCAAUGGAAAUAAACCAACAUCAUUCAACA